CAGCGCUGCUAGCUCCAAUUCUCAAUUUUGACGUUUGUCUGGUGGUUGGGAGUUCGUGGAAUUUUGUCACAAAAUGGGUUUUGGGGAUUAUCCAGCCGAGUACAACCCGAAGGUCCAUGGUCCGUACGACCCAGCGCGUUUUUAUGGAAAAGCGGAUACUCCUUUCGCACAAGUGAAGCUUGGAGAAAUUGGGUCUUGGUUGGCGCGCAGGAAUAAGUCGCCCCAGGCCAUGGUAGGGGCAGUGAGCAGGGCUUGGUGGAGAUGGCAGCAUAAGUACGUGCAACCAAAGCGGGCUGGAAUCGCCCCAUUCUUGCAGGUCGUGAGUGGAGCAAUGGUCUUCUUCUACUUGAUUAAUUCCCAGAAGUUGAGCCGUCACAAGAACUACAAGUACCACUAAGGAUUUUUUCGCAUGCGCUGUAGUUGGGUUUACUGAAUAAAGUCUUUAAGUAA